AUGCCCUUUCCAUUUGUGCUUUCCACCACCUCCCACAUCUCCUUUCAAGCCAGCCUUAUUUCAUCCACCCAUCCAUCACUCCCAUCCGCAGCAACAUCUCAACGAGCCGUUAUCCGGGCGGGAUUGAAGACUCACAAGAGACUGUCUGCAGCAGACCAGGCUACGAAUUUGUUGCCUCUUGCUUCCGCGGUGCAAAGCUACAUACGCUACCUUGUCACGCUCGAUAUUGCGCUGUCCGGCAAACCUGUGGCGGGUGAGGUUGUUGACAUUGCACUUGCAAAGGAGCCCGAGAUUGAAUGGCGGCCAACACUCGGCUCCAACGCCAUUCCAGGCCGUGAGAACGACAGGGUCAAGGGAAACGGGCUUGACUACGAGCUUUUCUUUGUGCAUCAUACGCUGGCACUCAUUCAGAACCUCCUGGCCAGACAAUCUCUCCUUGGGCUCUACUCGUCCGUUAAUCCGACGUCAGAGCAACGGAUAUCCCUGAUUCAGAGUGCGUCCAAGUGCCUCAAGACGGCACACGCGAUCCAUUCCUAUCUUCUACUAAGGGCAAACUCUUCCAGCGACGGACCUCCCACAUUCCCGCCCGCUGCGGUUGACGUAUCUACCAGUGUACAGUUGGCUUUGCAGCACUUGACUCAUGCCGAAUUUAAUCUGCUCUGCGUGCUCAAGGAAGACCCGUACCCCGCAAUCCUCGUUCAGUCACGGAACAAGGACGAUAAAGAGUGGAUGAUCAGAGCUCCCCAGAUCCAGAAGGUUCGGGGCCAAGUCCUAACUCGGCUCUGCAUCGGAGCGGCAGAGCAUGCUUCUGCUGCUACCGUAGCACUGAAGGUCGAGACAACAAGAGCGUCCAAGGAGCUGCUGGAGUACUGUGAUGGCAUCCAUAGAGCAUCACGGGCGAAAGCUUGCAGAUUCCAGGCACUGGAGGAGGACACACAUGCAGGCCAAGUAGGGAAAGCAAUUGCGUGGCUGAGAGCUGCCAUGAAUGAGCUGGGAUUCGAAGUGGGAAAAGAUGGCUCCAAAUCCUCAGGUUUCGGCAAACUAAAGGCAUCUUGGAUUGAACGAAGAGAAGACAAACGGAUCGAAAAGGGUAGCACAACGUGGGGAAUGGACGGCGGCAAGCUCGAGGAAGGUCGGAUUGUAGAAUAUCUGGACCAAACGUUCAACAAACAGAACGAUACGAUCAACGUGCAGCUGAUUCCGGAGUGGAAGCCACUGCUGGCAACGUUGCCCAGCGGAAUGAACAUGCCGAUGGACGAGAAAUGGAGGCCCGCAUCGUUGGAGGAAGGGGAGUUGGCGUCAAUGAGGGCGCCGCCUGACGACGACGAAGUGGGUGCCGCGAACAGCUCGGACGAAAACGAAGAGAGCACGACAGCACCAGCCGGAGCUUUCCCUGGAACGCAGCGAGAUUAUGGCAGUGGGACGAGUUACUAUUGA